UUCCGACGAGUUGGAGGAUCGCGGGAGGAGGAUCGUUGACAGGUCGAUCUCUGCGAGUAGCAGCCAUGUGUAGUAACGAGAGCCCACCACCAGCGAAGGAACCGCUGGCCGUCGGUUUGGGUAAUCCCAUGACCGGUUUCCUGCCAGGUCUGGAACACUAUCGUCUUCAAUUGUACCAUUACGCGAUGGCAGAGAGGCUGAGGCUAGCUCAGCAGCUGCAUCCUCAGCACCCAGGAGUCGGCCACCCGCCUUCCAGUGCUCCGACUCAUCUAGGAAUGAGUCCAGGAUUUCCGGCACCCCUGCCGUUGUAUCCGGCGGCGGCUGCUGCGGCCGGAUAUCCCAGUAGAUUGGCGUUAUCCAUGGCUCUGUUGCAUCCUCACCAUCAGCGGAUACCGGAGGAACCGAAACCACAGCACAGUUACAUCGGUCUGAUCGCCAUGGCUAUCCUGUCUUCUCCGGAGAAGAAGCUAGUGCUGUCAGACAUCUACCAACAUAUCCUAGAACACUAUCCCUACUUUCGAACCCGUGGUCCAGGUUGGAGGAACUCUAUCAGGCAUAAUUUGUCGUUGAACGACUGUUUCGUGAAAUCCGGCAGAAGCGCCAAUGGCAAGGGCCAUUAUUGGGCCAUUCACCCUGCCAAUCUGGAAGAUUUCCGUCGCGGUGACUUCAGGAGACGCAAAGCUCAGAGGAAGGUCCGCAGACACAUGGGCCUGGCAGUGGACGAGGAACCGGACAGUCCUAGCCCGCCACCCCUGCCAGCCACCCCGCCUCCACCAGCGACGCUUGGACCACCGGUAGCUUCUCAGCCUAUGCCAGGAAUCUGGACACCCCAUCACCACCAUCCUCAUCAUCAACAGCAGCAGCAACAGCAGCAACAACAGCAGCAGACGUUUCAGAGCCAAACUCUGCGGCAAUCCUCGUCGUUUCAGCCGUCGAGAAAGAGGCAGUUCGACGUGGCGUCUCUUCUCGCACCCGACGACCAACACCAAAUCGAGUCAGAUCUCAGGCCAGUGAAGUCGAGGAGGUUCAGCUGCAGCGAGGACGAGUUGCACGAUCUUCCGGAACCUGAUCAAGACGAGGAAGACGUGGACGUAGACGUGGUCGCCGAGACGAACGCUCUUCCGUCGCCGAACACACCGUCGGCCAGUCCCGAGUCCAAGGUCAUCACUCCAACCGGUCAUUGGACAAAUCAGGGUAUCCAGAACACCAGUCAACAGAUAACGUCGUUACAUAUUCAGAAUCAUCUGCAAGCGAGGAAUUACUACGUACCGGCAACCUCGAGUACAGGUCCCAGCGUCUAA